UGAACGCACCUCCUCCUUCGCUAAGCUAGUGAGCUGCAAUAACAGCUCCAUCUGUUAGAGCGGCUGAACACCGAGUCCAGCAUCGGCCUGCAGAGCAGAGAGCAUGCUGCACCCGCAGAGGUCCCUGUCCGAGCUGCCCAGGAUGUCCGCGGCCAGCCAGGUGGAGACAGCCGUCCUGGAGGAGGAGUUUAACUGGCUGCUAAGAGAGGAGGUGCACGCCGUGCUAAAGCAACUCCAGGAGAUCCUCAAGGAGGCCUCCAGACGUUUCUCCAUGCCCUCACCAGGCCUGGAAAGUCAGCUGAAGCAGGAAAACUUCAUCCUGGGCAGCUCAACCAUGGAUCAGGUGAAAGGGGUGCUGACUCUGCAGGGAGAAGCUCUGACUCAGGCUGACAUUAACCUGAAGGUCGCCAAGAGCAGCCAAGUCCUGCAUUUUCAGUUCAGAGAAGACAAACAAUGGAAGCUGCAGCAGAUACAGGAUGCCAGGAACCACGUGAACCAAGCUCUGCUGCUUCUGAGCAGCCGCGAUGAGACGUACCAGUUCAAGACUGGAGCCGAGGUCAACAAGCUCAUGGACGCGGUGAUGCUGCAGCUGACCCGAGCACGGAACCGCCUCACCACCCCUGCAUCCCUGACUCUGCCAGAACUUGCCACCAGUGGACUGAUGAAAAUGUUCACGCCCCCCAUGCCUGGUGACGUGAUGGUGAACUUUUACAUCAAUCUGAGCAAACUGUGUCUGACCGUCUACCAGCUGCACGUUCUGCCCCCAAACACCACCAAGAACUUCAAACCAACAGGAAGCUCAUUGUUGCACAAUCCUGGAGCCAUGUUUGAGCUGAACAACAACCGCUUUGAGGUGAGCCAUGUUCACAAAGUGGAGUGUGUGGUGCCAUGGCUGAGCGACACGCUGGUCUUCUUCACCAUCUCGCUGCAGCUGUGUCAGCAACUCAAGGACAAGAUCUCCGUCUUCUCCAGUUUCUGGAACUACAGGCCGUUCUGAUCCAGUCCGUCCUGCAAAAACCGGAUCAUAACCAAACUAACCAAUCGAGUGUAAGGGAAAUGCUGCAAAGCUUUUUUUUUUUAUUUUUAUAUGUAUUUAUCACACAUUCAAUCAGCCUGAGGUGUUGCACGAUCAGCGUACGCCUCUGGACAUCAAUAUUCAACGUAUGUAUUUGUGUCAGGCCCGCAGGCUGACACGCCUCUACCGGUAUCUGGCAUCACUAAUCAACUGGAACGAUUGAAUGUGAAUGUUAUUUAAAAAGCAGCUUGUUCCUGGAAGUUGUCCCAGGUUAACACUAAGUAUCAUCACAGCAGGGGGGGGGGUGUCACCGCCCUUCCUGCAACGCUCAGUCUGCUCCUAUGAAGAGUCAGUUCAUGUCUGGAAGGGGAAACCUUCAGAAGCACAGAGAAAUCUGCUGCUUCGUCUUCUCCGGUCAGUGAACGCAGCUCCUUUAAAGGACUACUUCCUGUUUUUAAACAGAGAUUCUGUGAUGUCAUCAGUAACCUGCAAGGGGAGUGAACCAGUAGAGCUCCGACGCUCAGAACAACAGACCAUUGGUACAUUUAUAUUUUGGAUGUCCA